AGUCUUCCACCAACAAAUAGCAGUAUCCCAUUCCAUUUUAUCAAUGGUACUGUUGAUUAGAAGCCAUAUAGCCUUAACACAAAUUCUUGCCUGAAUUUUGUUCAGAAAAGAUAUUGAUCCCUUUGUUAUAUAAAUUAUUUUUACCUAUCAUUCUUUUGUUCACUGUCUAAUCCCCGCUAACGAUGAAUCCCCCCUUUUGAAAAAUCACCUUUAAACUUGAAGCCACGUGACCUUGCAGACGACCUCUAAUUCGGUGCUCGUAUCGUUCGUUCCUGGUCGUAUUGCACGAUAACCCUUAAUACACCAUUGACACACUCGUAGACGUCGUUGUACGAGGUGGUUAACCGAACUUUUUUCUCAUCGCGUCGAACCUCAGUCGACUUGCUACUAGAAGUAGUAAAGGAUUAUCGAAGUAUCCGAGAUUAUGAUACGAACCACGAGCAGUCUACGCAAUGAAUUGGCACGCGUUGUACUACGAAGUUCCGUGCGGACGAACAUCGUAAGGACCAUGGUCAUACGAUGUCUUCACAGAAAACAUCUACAAAGGAGUCAGGUUCACAAUACCUUGCGCUUUAUGGUAACACCAUGGAAGCAGCAGUUCAGGUUUUAUGCCGAUUACCCAGAUCAUAUCAAGGUGCAGCUGCCUGCCUUGUCUCCUACCAUGGAAACAGGCACUAUUAUUAGUUGGCAAAAAAAGGAAGGUGAUAAGUUGAAUGAAGGUGAUUUGCUAGCAGAAAUUGAAACUGACAAGGCAACAAUGGGUUUUGAGACACCAGAAGAAGGAUACCUGGCAAAGAUACUUGUGCCAGCAGGAACAAAAAAUGUUCCAAUUGGCAAACUUGUUUGUAUAAUUGUUUCGGAUGAAGGUAGUGUGGCUGCCUUCAAAGACUUCAAAGAUGACUCUGCUUCUGCUUCACCACCACCACCUGCUACUGCACCAUCAGCACCAACUCCUGCACCAUCUACUCCUCCUCCAUCCCCUGUAACACCACCAGCACCAGCAGCUGCCAAACUGCCUACACCCUCUGGAGAUAGAAUAUAUGCUAGUCCAUUGGCCAAAAGACUUGCUUCUGAAAAAGGCCUUAGUCUACAGGGCCUGAAAGGAACAGGAUUGUAUGGAUCUAUAACAUCUAAAGACCUAGGAGGUGCUGCACCAGCUGCUGCUAUGCAACCUGGAGUGGCAGCACCGGCAGCAAUAGGUGUUCCAGGAGGAAUGGAUGUACCUGUGUCGAAUAUCCGAGCUGUAAUCGCCAAACGUCUUCUGGAAAGUAAACAGGCUAUCCCACAUUACUACUUAUCGGUAGAUGUAAAAAUGGAUGCAGCUCUAGCGGCACGAGAACAAUUUAACAAAUUAUUGGAAAAAGAGAAAAUAAAACUCAGUGUCAAUGAUAUUAUUAUCAAAGGGAUGGCGAUGGCUUGUAAAAAAGUACCUCAGGGUAAUAGUGCUUGGAUGGGUGAUUUUAUUAGGCAAUUCAACAAUGUUGAUGUGAGUGUAGCAGUCAGUACUGAUAAUGGUCUGAUUACACCAAUAGUCUUCAGUGCAGAUACAAAGGGUUUAGUUCAAAUUAGUAAAGACGUGAAAGCGUUAGCCACAAAAGCAAGGGAAGGAAAGUUGCAGCCACAAGAAUUCCAAGGUGGAACUAUCACUAUAUCGAAUCUGGGAAUGUUUGGUAUUAAAAAUUUCUCUGCCAUUAUAAAUCCACCCCAAUCCAUUAUUCUUGCUGUUGGCACCACUGAAACCAGACUAAUACCUGCUACGAAUGAACAAGGAUUUACAACUGCCCAAUACAUGUCCGUCACUGCCAGCUGUGACCACCGUACCGUGGACGGUGCGGUUGGUGCUCAAUGGUUAGCCGCAUUCAAGAACUUCAUGGAGAACCCUACGAACAUGCUGUUGUAGUACGAAAGGUGACGAUGAAGAUCCUGUAUAUUUGUGUAUAGUACAACAUUAAAUCGUGUUACUUUA